AUGUCAAAGUCUCUCGUUGAACACGAUCCGGAUCUUGCGGAUGUGAUUGAGAAGGAGAAGGAACGUCAAUACCGCAGCCUGGAGCUUAUCGCGUCUGAGAAUCUUACAUCGCGUGCUGUUUUGGAGUGUCUUGGGUCUUGUCUAACAAACAAGUACGCGGAGGGAGAGUGCGGCAAUCGCUACUACGGCGGCACGGAGUAUUGUGACGUGAUUGAAAGCUUGGCCAAGAAACGUGCCCUUCAGGCCUUUAAAUUGGAUGAAACGGAGUGGGGCGUCAACGUGCAGCCGUAUAGCGGAUCUCCUGCCAACUUUGCCGUCUACACAGGACUUUUACAGCCACACAGCCGCAUUAUGGGUCUCGACCUCCCCUCCGGUGGCCACCUGACUCACGGCUUUUAUACCGCCAAGAAGAAAAUUAGCGCCACCUCGUUGUAUUUUGAGUCGUUCCCGUACAAGGUGGAUGCCAAUGGUGUGAUUGACUACGAAAGUCUGGAAAAAAUCAGUGAGGUGUUUCGACCAGCGAUGAUUGUCAUGGGUGCCUCUGCGUACUGUCGUGACUUUGAAUACGUGCGCCUGCGGGCUCUUUGUGAUAGCCUUGGCUGCUUCCUCUUUAUGGACAUGGCACACACAGCCGGUCUGAUAGCAGGGGGCGUGUUGAAGUCCCCGUUUCCUUACGCCGACGUUGUUUCGACCACGACGCACAAAUCCCUGCGUGGCCCCCGUGCAGGAAUGAUAUUUUAUCGCAAGAAGGGUCGCAACGGUGAGGCGACAGACUUUGAGAGACGUAUAAAUGAGGCCGUUUUUCCAGGUCUUCAGGGGGGACCACACAUGCACCAGAUCGCAGCCAUUGCCACGCAAAUGAAGGAGGUCUGCGAUCCCGCGUGGGCGACAUAUGCGCAACAGGUUGUGAAGAAUGCAAAGAAGCUUGCAGCCGCGCUCAUCGCACGUGGUCACCGCCUUGUGUCGGAAGAAGUCGACAAUCAUAUUGUACUUUGGAACGUGCGUGAACUCGGUCUGACUGGAAACAAAGUGGAGAAGCUGCUUGAUUUUGUAUCCAUCAGCGUGAACAAAAAUUCCAUUCCGGGGGACAAGAGUGCGUUGGCGCCAGGAGGCGUGCGUUUGGGCACAUGUGCACUGACAACACGGGGGAUGGUCGAGAGUGACAUGGAGCGUGUUGCGGAUUUACUUGACCUUGCAGCCAAAUUGUGUGUGUCGCUGCAAAAGCAGGUGGGGCCAAAGAUUAAGGACUUUGUGGAUGCCAUGAGGGCGAGUGAAUUGGCGUGCCAACUGCGGCUGGAGGUGGAACAAAUUGCAUCCUCGCUCUACAUCCCAGGGCUAGACCUUGGGACGAUGAAGUACAAGGGCGGCAUUCCACCUGCUGCCUAA